ACAGUUAAGUCCACACCACUGAGCCACGCCUCAAACGGCGCUACGCAGUUUACGUACGUACUUUUUGUUUGUUACGUUUGUACGUACGUGCGUGCAUUGCCACGCAGGCACCGUGACGUAAACCAAUCGUAGCGAGUAAGCGGGGUUGUCUGAAGAUCCACGUAGCUAGCUACCUAACGUUAGCGGGCUAGCUAACGUCAGCCAGAAUUUGCAAUGGAUUUGCCACAUCACGGAUACCGAGCAAGUAAGUGCCCCGUAAACAGAGGGGCCGCGGCACUCCUACGGGCGCCGAGUCCAUGUUGUUCGAUGACACCAGCACCUCAGGCAUGAACACUCAGGGCUAUUACACUCCAGGCUACAACAUGGCGGGGCCCCCGAGCGACAUGCAAGCGGGAGCCACCAACUUGUUUGCCGAUCCCAUGGCCAACGCCGCAGUCAUGUACGGGUCGUCCUUGGCCAACCAAGGCAAGGACAUGGUUAACAAAGAGAUUAGCAGAUUUAUGUCUGUAAACAAGCUGAAAUAUUUCUUUGCUGUGGACACCAGAUACGUGCUGAAGAAACUCAUGAUCCUCAUGUUCCCUUACACGCAUCAGGAUUGGGAAGUUCGCUACCAUCGAGACACUCCGCUAACCCCAAGACAAGACGUCAACGCACCUGAUCUUUACAUACCAACAAUGGCUUUUAUUACCUACAUUUUACUGGCUGGAAUGGCCCUUGGCAUUCAGAAAAGGUUCAGUCCCGAGGUGCUAGGACUCUGCGCCAGCACGGCCUUGGUGUGGGUCAUCAUUGAGGUCUUGGUGAUGCUCCUCAGUUUGUACUUGCUGACAGUACACAGCGACCUCUCCACUUUUGACCUUCUUGCCUACAGCGGAUACAAAUAUGUCGGAAUGAUCUUCACCGUGCUCUGCGGCUUGCUAUUUGGCAGCGACGGCUACUUUGUGGCGCUAGCCUGGUCCUCUUGUGCCCUUAUGUUCUUCAUUGUGCGUUCCCUGAAAAUGAAGAUCCUGACGUCGCUGACGUCGGACUCCAUGUCCACCAACACCAGCGCCAAACCCCAAGUGCGCAUGUACAUCACCAUGGUGACCGCCCUCUUUCAGCCCAUCAUCAUUUACUGGUUAACCUCUCACCUGGUCAGGUGACUGUGAGGCGUUGACGCGAGCGGGCUCGUCCAAGUGCUUUAGCGCGCGUGUGUGGCUGUGUGCUCGCCGCUUUCUCCACGGGCUGAGAUUUGUACGCACGCGUUGAGCUAGCAAAACAGUUGUAAAAAGGAACUUGUGUGUUUGAGUUAACCAAAUCGUGUGAAACGUAUAAAAUACUUCAGUGUGCCGUGAUUUUGACAAAAGCUCAUUUUCUGCCGUCGUUACAUUUUUCGUUAAAACAAGGGCUGCCAAAUUCAGAGCUUGGUUUCAUCAUUGGAUUCAACUCGUUUCCUUUGUCAAAAGUAAAACUCUUUUCUGUCAUUUAUCCCAUAUCCUUCAUAAUCCGUCUCAUUAGAUCUCCUCCCACUUCUAGGGCAAUGUUUGGCCAUCUAAUAUACUACUAAAUGGAUGGUCGACUGCUUUGCCUGACCAGAUGCCAUUUUGUGCAGUUUUGCAUCACGAGUAACCUAGUUGUCCUAGAAGUACGCCAGAGUUGUCAGACUAGUAUGCAGAAAUGUCAUGGAAUUGAAAAAACAAUUCUAGUUAGGCAUAUUGUUCUACUAUUGCACUAGUAAACUACCGCAUACCAGUAAAAAAAAAAAAAAAUGAAUAGAUGGCAUUUUGAGGAUACUAACGAAUGGAUGAAUAGAUGGGUUCAGACGUUGACUAGUAUGUGACACAUGCCUAGUGAUGAUAAUAGUAUAACACAGUAGUUUAGUAUCGAGGUUUAAUUGUGUAUUAGACGGCUAAAAGUUGGACUAAUAGUGGGGGAUAGACGUUACUACGCAAAAUUGUAAUACCACACAGGAUAAAGAGCGUAGCAGUUCCUUAAACCCAGAUUUGAAGGAUAUAUGAUAAAUACUUCACGCACAGCCGCUUUUGCAUUUGUCAUCCUUGAUGAGGAGGCUACUAGCAUGUGAAACAGAACUACGAGUUGGACCUAGUAGUGUUACUCAGUCUGCACAGGAGUUAACCAGUAAGAUUUAUUUACUGACUGGUAAUCCAAACGUGACACUGAAUCCUGCUCGAGAUACGUCAAUAAUGCGGAAUGAACUUUCCAUAAAUCUUGGUAUGAUGUCACCAUUUCCCAAUCAUUUUCUGGAUUUUUAUUGAUCUGAAAUAUAAAUAUAGCAUGACACUCUGGAUUUUUUGUAGGAAAGAAAAGAAAUGUAUUCAGCUUUGUGUAUUCAA